AUGAAAACAAUCCAGGUCACCCCAGUCACGCCUCCUGGAGCUUAUAAAAGUAUCGAUCACUUAGGGCCCGAUCAGUUAUACUCCAAAAUGUCAACCAAGUGGUCGUCUCUAGUGCUUUACAUCUCCCUUUUGGAACUACUUAUUGUCCAGGGAUCUUGGGCGGAUGUGGCACACUUUUUCGCGGCGCCCGUUGAACAAUUGGGGAACUAUCUUCAUGGACAGGUGCCCUUCCAACUGGGCCUUUCUCCGCCGGGCCUUUAUGGACCUCCGCCGGUACCCCCUAGUCCUGUGACUCCUUCACCAGUGGCCCCCGUAUCCACCACGGAAUUCAGUUUGCCGGAGAUCAUCGAAAACCGCAGUGUAAAGUUUCAAGGAAGUGGGCAUGGAAACUUCAUACCUCUAAGUCAGAACUAUCUGCCACCGGCUUUUGAAGAGCGUCCUAACUAUGAAAGUCCCAAGCCCAGUGAAGAGGCCUAUCCAGCCUACUAUUAUCCGCAACCACCUGCCGGAGGUAUCCUUGCCACUUCUAUUCCCACAACUACAACACCAAGACCAAUAAUUGUCGCAGAUCCUGGGGAAGCUAUUGAAACGAUACCCUCGCCAGGAUAUGACUACCAUGCCCCAGUGGCUGUCCCAGUGAUCACCCAAAAGCCCUCAACACCAGCUCCUGUUUAUUUGCCUCCCAGUGAGGGAAGCCAGGAUCAAAAUCAGCUCAGACUUCGUUUGAAGGAUAUGCGUUGCUUGUCCUCAGGUUACUUUCGAGCUGUCCUAAAGCUGGACAGCUUCUUGGGAGCUGCUCCAACUGUGGAGCAGGACAACGAUGAUAUCCAGGACAAGCGCUGUGAACUGAAACUGUCGCGAAGUUUCCUUUUCUUGGAUAUUUCUGGCGAGAACUUUGAGCGAUGUGGUGUUCGCUCCUGUGGCCAGGAUCUUUGCUUGCGAUUGCGUUUUCCCGCCAUCAGGGGCUUGAGGACCAGUGGGGACUCUAUUUUAACUCUUCAUUGCAAAUCCCAGGAGCGGGUGGCAGUCAAAACACAUGCCUUGAAAAUGGGUGUGGCAAAUGAUGUACAAUCUCGCAGUGUGGGCAGCUAUGCCCAUGGAGGCAAUCAAAAUCCCUUUCGAACUCAUGUGGAGCUGCUGAGGAAAGGAAGUACUGGCUAUACCCGACAUCUGGAAUCUAAUGGAGCUGUUCAGUUGGGCGAGGAGUUGCUACUGAGAGCUCAUGUGCUCGCAGGAGAUGGCUGGAACUACACCAAACUAAGUGACGUCCAGCUGCAGAGGAUUGGUUCUGGCGGAGAAGUGAUCAACAACGUCCAGCUUGUCAGUUCAAGGGGCUGCUUGAAUCCCGCCAUGCAGGCCAUUUGCGCCCAUGCCCCCAUUUUAGAACCUCCACUUGGACAGAGACUCCACUUCAAGGCGGUCAUGUUUCCAGGGAUGCGUAGUGGAGAGGUCCUGGUGAUAUCCAUGCGGAUCACCGGGUGCUUGGAGCACGAAGACUGCCAGGUCACUGCCCAGGAUUGCCAGCCAUCGGUGGGACUUCGGAGACGUCGGAACGUAUCACACCGAAAUGGCUCUGAGAUCUCCGAGUUAUCUCAGCUGACUUUCAGGGUUAUAAUGCCAGGAAUGGAGGAAGAAUCGCCUAAAGGGGAUUCGGGGACCUCAGAGGUUAGAGAAAUCUCAAAAUCCCUGGCUCUUUUUGGCAGCCUGGGCUUUGUGGUUUUACUUCUGGCAGUGGCCAUUGUGGCUUUGUACAAGUUUGGGAAAUAG